AUGCUGCCGAAUUUCGCUGACGUGUCGCCUUCUACAAACGUUAAUGUGGUCGAAGGGCAGCCGGAACCUCCAGAAUCUGUUACUCCUGAAGUAAACCCAUCGCAUGCGGCCUUAAAAGUGAUCAUGGGCUCCGUGCUAGCGCUGGUUGGUUGCUUCAUCAAAAUCUUCGAUGUGGGCGUCAACUUUACCACGUACCAUGCACAGUUUGCUCUGGCGUCCAUGAUCUUCAUAACAGUAUCUCUGGUCAACGGAGUAGCAUCUUUGUACGCGUACGAACUCCGCAAUUGUAUCCCCGGCAUCCUUUCAAAGCCGACACACAUCUGCUUCGGCGCCCUCACCCUCAUCACUGCUUCCAUUUCCUUGGCCUUCGCAGUCAACUACGUCUGGUUCGUUGCUUUUCUCACCACAGAAUAUGCUGACGCUGUUUUAGUCAUGAUUGGCGCAUUAACUACGAUCGUCAUCAUCAAUCCUUUCCUUACUAUGUACGCCAAAUUUAAUGGUGCUAUCAGUAGCUAACAUAUCAAUUACAGUUUUGCAAUUCAUGGACUUGGAUUGAUUUGUCAAUGAAGAACUUAAUUGAUUCUAUUUAUACAUAUAUCGUCAUCAUGUGGAUAUUGCAUGUCAUAUUCAAUGAUUGGUCG